AGUGGCGAAGGGUGGACGUGUGCUGGUGCGGAGCCGAGUAUCAUUACAGAGGAAGCGGGGGCAGUAGAGACAGCAACGUGCCAACUGCCUGCCUGACUCCCCCAGGUUCUCUGUGGAUACGACUCAGUUUGUCUGACUUACCCCAGCUGAGCCAUCGCUUAGUGACUCUUAUCUCGUGGUGUUUUGGGGAGAUAAGGUAAUGAAGUGAGAAACAGUUCAGUGUUAAGAUACAGAACCCGAGGAACAGGCCUAACUUGUGGCGGGAUGGUGAGAGAUUCGGGUUAGUGUUUGAGAUUCAACGUGGUGCCAUAACUGUGACUCAGGACCUCGUACGAAAUCUUUCUCCAAACAACAAGUUCGUUAGCCGACGUCAAGAAGGGACCCGAGCUAGGCUUCCUGUAUUAUCUCCAUCAAGGUUCCUACAUACAUGUCCCUCCGACUUGAACUCUUAAGAAGUUUGUGGUGAUUUGCCGCGACCAAGAAGGAGAACUGCUCCAGGGCGUCAGUUCGAGACUAAAUUUGGCGCUGUUUGUAGCUCAAGAAGGCCAUUUUUUUGACUGGUGCCUGUCAACAUUGUUGAGGGAGGAAAAAGUGGCCCUGUGUGCCAGGAUCAUCGAAACAACCCUGGUCAAGACUACGACUUCCCUCGCCUUGUGUUGUACUUAACGUCCCUGAAUUAAGAGGCAGAAUGGGUCGGUACACGGGCAAGAAAUGCCGUCUGCUGACGAUGUUCACGAUGACAGCCUCCUUCUUCCUGGUGGAGCUGAUCGUGGGCUACAUCACGAACUCGAUGGCGCUCGUGGCAGACAGCUUCCACAUGCUCAGCGAUGUCUUAGCACUCGUCAUAGCAUUCCUUGGCGUAAAGAUGUCGCCGAAGAAGUGGAGUAAAAACACAUUCGGGUGGGCGCGGGCGGAGGUCCUGGGAGCUCUGGUCAACAGCGUGUUCCUGCUGGCGCUCUGCUUCUCCAUCUUCGUCGAAUCUUUAAAAAGAUUGUAUGAAACUGAAGAGUUACAUAAUCCCAGACUCAUCCUAGUGGUUGGUGUAAUAGGCCUCGUAGUGAAUUUAAUAGGCCUCGGGCUCUUCCAUGAGCAUGGCCACGGUCACAGCCAUGGAGGCGGAGGCCACGGCCACAGCCACGGCGGCCAUGGACACAAGAGCAAGCUGUCCACCAUUAACACCCUCGUGGCUACAGACGACAACGAGAAUGACGAGAGAUUUACGCCUCCACCGCCCAAUUCCGUUGGUGCUAACGACAAACAUGGAAACGGCACGCCCAGAAGGGAGGCAUCUGCUCAGAUGAACAUGAGGGGCGUCUUCCUCCACGUUCUUUCGGAUGCCCUAGGCUCUGUGAUAGUGAUCAUCAGCGCACUGGUCGUAUGGCUCACAAAUUGGGAAUAUUCCAAAUACAUUGACCCAGCACUAUCUUUAGCCUUGGUCACCCUCAUCACAUGCAGCACGUGGCCUCUCCUGAAGGAUUCGGCCCUCAUCCUUCUUCAGACAGUUCCUACUCACAUUCAGGUUGACGGCAUCCAAAAGCAGUUGUUAAAUGUUGAUGGUGUUCUUGCUGUGCAUGAAUUCCAUGUUUGGCAGUUGGCAGGGGAGAGGAUAAUUGCCUCAGCUCAUAUCAGGUGUCGCAACUUGAAGGACUAUAUGGUCCUAGCAGAAAAGAUCAAGAAGAUGUUCCAUGAAGAAGGCAUUCACUCCACUACUAUACAGCCUGAGUUUGUGGAAUACGAAGAUGAUGGUGCCUCAGCCUCAAUAGACUCUGCCGAAGACUGUAUUCUAGACUGUCCCUCCAAGGACAAGGACGGAUGUGUGGCAAAUACGUGCUGUGGUCUCUCCAAACAGGUAAAGAGUGCUUCCAACAAGGAGCUUAGGCUCACCAAAGCCAAGAAAGAUGGAUCCCCUUCCACUUUUGUGAAGGACCUGCCACUUCAACAAAAUGUUUCCUUCAGCCUGCCUGACAUUUCAAAAGUUCCUCCUGCAUGCUACCCCCAGUGGACUCCCUCUGGUGCUAAUGAUAAUGCUUCUCAUGAUAAUGCUAGUGCUGUUAAUUAUAACUGUAAUGCUUCUGUAGUAAAUUCAAACCUAAACUCUGCUCAGAAUAAUUGUACUCAGAUUUAUACAAUUACAGACAGUAAAGGUAACAUUACAAAAGAACAAAGAGUAAUGUUAGAUAGUGGUGUUGAUUUGAAUGAAACCUACAGGGAAUCAAAUUCUUCCGUAAACCAAAGAAACACUCAGAAUAGGGAAGUGAGAAAUGAUGAUUCAGAUUUAAGUAGUUAUGCAUCCUCUGUAUCAGUUGCUAUGGGUGAUACAGAUUCAGAUGAAUUACCAGCAUCUGUCAGAUUGUGAGCAAGUAAUUGGCUAUGCUAUAUAAAGGUCUUUCAUUAAUUUGUUAGAAUUUGUUUCAUACUCAUUUGUAUCAUAGAUUUCAUACACACAAGUUUCAGUGUGGAUGCCUUUUUGUAAAUGUUUAGUUUGUUGGUUUUAUCCAUAGAUAUAAUAAUCUAUAGUUCAUUGUGUUCUGGUGGAGGUGUUAGUGCUUAGAGAUAAAAUAAAAUAUCUCAUAGAUGAUAAGUAGAGUAUCAUAAGGCAGUAUGAGAUUAAAUAUUUGAUUAACCAGUUAGAUUUUUAGAAGUGCCUUUCAUCUCCUAACAUGACUUGAUUGUUUAAGAUGAGCUUUAGCUUGAGUAUUUUAACAUUACUAGAGAAACUGUUGGAAUCUGACAUUGUUUCCCUGACUUGGUGAGUAAUUUUUCUGUGAUUACUGAACAGUUUUAGAAAUCUGAGUACAAAUAGACUAGCAUUGCCCUGUGUUGUACGUUCUGAUUUGUGUCCUGAAAACAUUUAUGUUGUUUCAUCUAUUACUUAAUAACUAGUCAUUCUUUGUGUCUGUUAUUUUUAUGUUUGUCUUGUGUAUGUUGUCUUUGUGAUUGCUAAUAUAUUUUUGUUUAUCAAGAUUAGGUCACAAAUUAUAUCAGAGAAUAUAAGAUUAUCUGGUGUAGUUACCAACAAGAAAUGAUCGGUCUCAUUUAUAGAUUUACAAGUAAUACUUCUUUAACCCAAUGUCAGCGGGUUUAUGUACUGUCCCCUUUAGAUUUUAGUGAGUUUUAUUACAUACAGAUGGCUCCAUUAUGAUAUUAUGACUAUUAUAUUGUUAUUAAAAUAUUAAUAACAUCAAACACAAUAAAAUAGUAGAAGUGAAGCUCUCAAAAAAUAAAAUAAAAGCUAAACUGAUGAGAUAAGUAAGACUAAUACCUGAUUCCUCGAUGACUAAGCACUCAUAGAGCCAUCUGUGCGUAAAGACAAUUGAUAAAACUUUCAUUACAGUGGGCAUGGCAUUGUAGUCUUGUCACCCGCGCUCAUUGGGUUAACAUGCCAGUUUUUGUGUUUGUCAGUAAUGUGUAGAUUUUUUUUUUUUUUUUUAAUCAUCAUCAUCAUCAUCAUUAUCAUCAUCAUCAUCAUCAUCAUCAAUCAUUAUCAUCAUCAUCAUCAUCAUUAUCAUCAUCAUCAUCAUCAUCAUCAUCAUCAUCAUCAUCAUCAUCAUCAUCAUCAAAUUAGAAAUUUUGAUUUGUCUGUGAUUAGGUUCUUUUUAUUUUGAUGAAUAUAUCAGUGUUAGUGGUAUUUGAAUGUGAACUAACAUCGUGUUACUAAUAAUUAUUUUUAGUAGCCUGUGUAAUUAUAAAUUUUAUAUUAAUUGUGAUACAUAAACUGUUAUGCAGCUAAUACAUGAGGAUAAAUGAGACAUUAACUCCUUUGACUUUUUCCAAACUUUUUAUUGUUAUUGUAAUCUUGAUUUAUUUACCCUCUUCUCUAUCUGUGAUAAUUUUGAUGUACUCAUGUA